AUAUCUUAAUUAACCAAACAAAAUUACAUAAUCAUUAUUAUGGGGUGCAUAAGCAUAAGCAUAAUCAUUUUCAUAAUACUAAUGAUAACACAAAUUAUGAUGAUGAGUUGCAAAGCUGGGAAUGUACCAGCAGUAAUUGUUUUUGGUGACUCUUCGGUUGAUUCUGGAAACAACAAUAAAAUUGCAACGGUUCUCAAAAGCAAUUUCAAACCCUACGGCCGUGACUUCGAAGGCGGCCGCCCGACCGGACGCUUCUGCAACGGUCGUGUUCCGCCUGAUUUCAUUGCCAAGGCUUUCGGCGUUAAGGACGCUAUACCAGCUUAUUUGGAUCGUGCUUAUACAAUUGAAGAUUUUAAGACUGGCGUUUGUUUUGCUUCUGCUGGAACUGGAUAUGAUAAUGCAACUUCUGCUGUACUAAAUGUGAUACCACUAUGGAAGGAAAUAGAAUUCUACAAGGAGUAUCAACAUAAAUUGAGAUACCAUGUUGGUGAAGAGAAGGCAAAUGAAAUCAUAACCGAAGCAUUAUAUCUAAUAAGCUUAGGAACAAAUGAUUUCCUUGAAAAUUAUUAUGUUUUACCAAAACGACAAUUCCAUUUCACCAUAUCACAAUAUCAAAAUUUUCUAGUUGGUAUUGCUGAGAAUUUCAUUAGAAAAUUGUAUACACUUGGUGCUAGGAAAUUAUCCAUAACUGGUCUUGUUCCUAUAGGGUGUCUUCCAUUAGAGAGGGCUACAAAUUUUUUUGGUGACUUUGGUUGCAAUGAAAAUUACAACAAAGUGGCUUUGCAAUUUAAUGCAAAGUUGGAGAAAAUGAUAUCAAAGUUAAAUAGGGAGCUCCCACAAUUGAAAGCCUUGUCAGCAAAUGCAUAUGACAUUAUCCAUGAUGUUAUUACAAGACCUUCCUUUUAUGGAUUUGAGGUGGUAGAGAAAGCAUGUUGUUCAACUGGAACAUUUGAGAUGAGUUACUUAUGCAGUGAGAAGAAUCCAUAUACAUGCAAAGAUGCAAACAAAUAUGUGUUUUGGGAUGCCUUUCAUCCUACUGAGAAGACUAAUCGCAUUGCCUCUAAUUUUUUAAUACCCAAACUUCUAGCAGCUUUUAAAUGAUUCAUCAAUUCUUUUUUUUUCCUUAGCUUUUAUGUAUAAUUACUUGUUUUUAUGCUAAACAAAAUUUAAUGCUA